GCUCCACUUGCAUAUGAUGUUAGACUGCUCUGAGCAAUGUAUGUCGAUCAUCAACGGACCCUUUGUUGUCCAUCUAGGUAAUAGUAGAAGAUUCUCCAACUCAAGGACAAGAUUAUGCUUUAGUGCCUUCAGAAGUUUAGCACAUAAUUAUAUGACAUAGUUAAUGUUUCUAACUUUAGAAGGUUGCAGUCCAUCUUAUCUUUUUCUUGGCUCUUUCUCAUUUAUACAGUUUCAGUUUCAAUGUUGUUUGGCUCGAUUCCUCAGGAUCGCAGGAAGCUUCCACUAGAGGUAUCUUCCUAACGCUCACAUGACUUGGAUCAAAUGUUUCCAUCAAAGGGUGUGUCAGUCUACAUAAAUGCUUUUACUGGUUUUCUGACUAACAUGGAAGAAAACUUAAACUUUAUCUAGCUUUGGAUUAAUCGCAUAAUAACUUCCGAAUCUGUGGUGGUUCUUACAAGUGUCUCAACUUGGGAAAAAAACGGUCACUAGACUUUGUAACAACCCGUAGGUUCUUCCCCUCUUUUUUUUUUAACUUUCUUUCUGCAGUGUCUCUUUUUUAAAGAAACGUAUGCUUUGACAAAGUACAUUGUCUUUUACUUUGUCAGUCGAUAUCUCGGAUAGAACUCUACUAUCCUGUCACAACAGCAGUUUCUUCAUUGACACGUGCUGUUAACAAACUUAGCGUGCCUCUCCAUUUCAUCUCCACCUGCUCCAAAUGUUCUUUGUGCUUGCUAUACCCUUACUUUUCAGUCUCUAUACUUGUGCAUAAACACUAAUCUAGAAGAUCUGCUUCUGUUGUGGUCCUGAUGCCACCCUCUACUCCUAAAUCUCAUCUUCUUAGCUCUUCACUUGAAGAAGAUCAGAAGUUCAAAUGCUAUAGGGGUGUCCGAAAGAGGUCCUGGGGAAAGUGGGUGUCUGAGAUAAGAGUUCCAAGGACCGGAAGACGAAUAUGGCUAGGCUCAUAUGAUGCUCCAGAGAAGGCAGCUCGAGCCUAUGACUCUGCUUUGUUUUGCAUUAAGGGUGAGAAAGGAGCUUUCAACUUUCCAAAUGAUAAAAAGCCUCAGCUUCCUGAAGGUUCUGUCCGGCCUCUGUCCAAGCAUGACAUACAGACAAUAGCAACAGACUAUGCUUUAUCAGUUGCGUCUGCGCCUUCUUCGCCGACCACCACAGUCCCGGCAACAUAUCAGGUUCCAUCUCAUGUUCCUGCUUCCUCUGAUGCGUCUUCUGCCAAUGAACAUUAUCUCCCAGUGGACGCAACUGCAGAAUCAAUAUAUUCAGUAGAAGACUUACAGCUGGACAAUUUCCUCAUAAUGGACUGGAUAAACAAUCUAGACUAGUGCUUGCAGUCAUUUUUAGUGCUAAAUAUGGUUUAACAACUAGUUACAUGUGUUCCUUUAGAUGCUUAUUUGUGAGGGUAUACUUGUAUCAUUGUAUUUGUUGAACUUGUUUUGUUUAGCAUGCAGUUUGUUGUUCUGGUUUUGCAUGUGUGUCCUCCUUUUUUCUUCUCUACUGGACUUCAUGAGAUGUUAAGAAUUGAAUAAAACGAUUAGGAGUUGGCGUCCAACCUAACUUCUAUGUUGCAUGUGUUGAGGCAUUUGUUUUC